UUGGAGCGUAAAGUCGUUGUAUUUGGACACUGUGUUUUCUAUGUUUGUACAUCUCUGGGAAAACGCAUUUUUUUUCGGAAGAAUAUUUAUUGGUUCAGAAAUUUCGGGCAUUCUUUGUCGAAAGUGAUGCAAAAAAUUAGUUGAAUUGGAAGUCGUCGCGAUUCGUUAUAAAACUACGAGAGUAAACGAAGUGAUGUUGGGUUUGUCGAUUUUUUCGUUCCUCUUUCACAUUUAAAUCUCUUGUCUACGUUGUUUCUGAAAGUGGUUUCUGGAUGUGUGCGAAGGAAGGAUGGGCUGGCUGGUUGGUGGGGAAGUUAAUGAGUUGUGCAAGCAGCGAAAUCAGUGAAGAAAUCGAAUGUAUGUUGCGUGAAAAUACUGCUCGGAAUUGGGGCAGGUGUUGCUAAAUUCGAAGAUAAAAUGCAAUCCGAGUGUUGGCAUAAAAAUGAUCACAAGCAAAAUGAUUCAUAUGUUUCGGGAGAAGCCAAAGUGUGGAUGUGAAAAUAUUUAAAAGGAGGAGUGUUGCAUGUUGCGGAAAAAAAAAUCGUAGAAAGCCAGUGCUCCGAGUGAGAAAGAGUUGUUGGGUUGAGUUACUUUUGAAAGCGAUUUAAUCUGAACGAAAAUAUAGCUACAUAAUCGAAGGAAAGUUUAAAAGUGUGUUACAAAUCUGCUACGGAUGAUACAUAUACUACAACAUAGUUUUGUGUGCUAAUGUUUAGCAUGGAGCGUUUCAUUCCGCGAUAAAAAGUGAUUGCAACGGAACCUUUAAAUGGCAGCACCGAAUGCUGAUGUCAUGCGUGGCGGUGGAUCUUCUGCUGUCGCUCCUGGCUCAGCAAUUCAACAGAUCGCACAUCACAAGCUGCCACCAAAUUUUCUGCAUCAGCAACAUUCAAUACCAAACCAUCACAUCCAGCAAUUGCAAACGCUUACCCAGCAAACCGCCGCCACUCUUGCAGCAGCCCACCACCAUCCUCACAAUGCCAUACACAAUAACCACCGAAUGCAGCAGCAGCACCAGCAUCAGCUCUCUACCCAAGGACAACCGUUGCAGCAGCAAGGCCAACAACAACAGUUGCUUCCACAGCAGCAGCAGACACAUUCUUCGGUGCCGCAUAAAAUUUCUCAGUAUAGUGGGAGUAUCAAUAAUUUGAUAUUUCCUUCCACCGAAAAUCCUUCCAAUGCAAAUAGUGAGACACGUCUUACCAGCAGUAACAGCAGCAGCAGUAGCAGUACAAGUGUAAGAGUGAAUGAUGUAAACAACAUAGUUGUUAAUUUAGCUAGUGUAAAUAAGUCGCUGAAUAUCUGCACCAAUGAGAGUAUAGCGACAUUGCCGAAUAGUAGCAGUAAUCCUGUUAUGAACAGGAUAACCACGAAUGUUAGUCAUAUCGCAGCUGAAAACAGCACUCAGCCAAAUGAGACUAUUUCAACGAAAGCUAGCGGAAGCAGCUCUUCGGUGGCGCGGUGUAACGUUGCACCAGGCUGGCGGAGGAUAAAAUAUAAUUGUGAGAUUAUCUACAUUAGCCCUUCCGGUGUACCGCUGCGGAAUUUCAACCAAGUCAAGGAGUAUCUACUGAGCGGUGGUACCUGUAAAUGUGGUCUUCCAUGCCCCUUUCGUCCCGAAGCACUUUUCGAGUUCGACUCACAGGUUCCUAAUUCAUUGUUGACUACAAACAGCACAAUACCUCAUAGCUUUUGCCUACACCAUACCAGGUACGUGGAAAAGGCGGGAAUCGUGCGUCGAGGCAAGAAAACUGUCGAUGCGGAGAACGUUGGUGGCAUCAUCAAAACAGAUACCAACGCCGGUGUGGUUACAUCACAAGAUAAUGCUGUUUACCCUCCAUAUGUGUCUACAUCGAUGCACGAUGCGAACAUGCCUAUACUCAGCCAGAAAAAUGUUAGAAAUGAGCUAGUAAAUUCUUCGCCGACCCCUACAAACGUGCUGAACCACGAAAUGUUAGUCGGACAUCAUUUGCACCUUCAAGUUGACAAAGAAAUCACCAGUAUCCCUCUGUCGAAGACGCCACCGUGGCGAAAAAACACUUCCUCUUCCUCUCCAUUAGGUUCUAAUUCAGCAACCCAGCGUCAGGUGCCGUCAUCUACGAAUUCAGUGCCAGUUAAAGCUUUUGUACAAAAUAUAAAUCAAAAUGAGCAGUUGGUCAAAAAUAGUAGAAAUUCAAGCAAAUCGCCCACCCAAGUUGGAUGGCCUGAAGAGUGCUCACGGAUACCAAAAAGUACCGCAAAAAAGCGACCCAACUUUAAGGAUGACCCAACGGGCUAUUUGAAUCAACAAACAGCAAUUUUGCAUAGUUCUAUUUCUACCUUACACAGUCCGGAUGGAUCGUCAUCCUCUCAGGAAAGUCCACAGAUAAAAUCGAUUAGUAGCUAUGACUCUGGAGAAAAUGAGGAAUCCUUAGAAACUACGAAGAUUAAAGUGGACAAAGGAAUGGUGGCCAUGGAUCAUAACAAUACAGCAGCUAGAGGAGGCGGUCAGACUGUUACAAAUGUAGCAAAUGGGAUUGUCCAGAUGCAGCAGAACUGUGAUAUUAGUCAUAUGGAAAUCCAACAGCAGUUGCAAUUUCAGCAACAACUGCAGCGGCAAAAUCAGCUUGUUCGACAGCACAAUGAGCAGCUCCAAAUUCUACAGCAGCAACAAUGUGUUGCCGAGGGAGAAUCUAAACCAAAUACUUGUUGCACUGCUGUUGCGCAUGCAUCACCUGUGUUAUCCGGUGGCAGUGGUUUCACAACAAAUCAGACUCCUGAUAUUACAUCCACUUCGUCGAAUACCCCAGAUUUUACAUGUCACGUGCAAGGUGGAGUUACCUCCAGCAGUACGCGUAGUCCAUUGUUCACCGGUAACAUCGCUGUAAUACGCUCCGAAUCUCCAGAAGUACAUUCAAACAGGAAUCUCGCGCAAAGCGCAAUUGGUCCCAACUGGACCAAAAACCAAGUUGUUGCCACAAGUAGCGUUGGUUAUGCCGGCAGUACAUCAAUACCUCGUAAUACUAUCACGUCUGUACAAGCAGGAAGUAAACCAACUACUGUUACCAGCACCACAGUUAAUAGAAUAACUAAACAUAUUGCUAGAGAGGUUGGAAAUGAAGACGAGUCAACGGUUGUCAAGACGGAAAAAAUAUUCAUUCAAAGUUCGGCUGGCUCUCAGAAUGUUUUGAACUACGCUCAACAACAAUCUCAACAGAACCAUAUGAUAAACCAUCCGCAGCAGGUUCUGAUGACUUCUAGCGGACAGUUUAUCCUCAUGUCGAACCAAACGAAUAAACAUUCUGCCCAAGUUGUUGUCAACAGCAGCAAUGCUGGGCCGGCGAUGGCAACCAACGUGAUAAUGUCACCGCAAUCGGUGAUGGCCGGAAAUAAUACACAGUAUAUGAGUAUUGCUGGUGCGGCAGGAUGCACAGUUUCGAGCGGAAACCCUAUCAGCACUGUAACGACCAAUUCGAGUGCAAAUAAUAGUGGAAUUAUGCAAAAUAUCGCUCACCAACAACCGGGUAUCAUCCAUCAUUCUCAAUCGAACACAAAUUCCAAUUUCUUGAUCAACUCUCCAAAUAAUAUGCAAUCGACUGUGAUAUUGAAUAAUGGAAAUGUAAUCCAACCUGGUGGGCAGCAAAUAUUGACGGCUAAUAACACACAAGUAAUUCAUUCAGCUAAUGUGUUAGCUGCAGCGUCGCCUGGAGCGAGCAUUGGUACAAAGUUGAUACAAAAUGGAGGAAGUACUGGUUUAAUUAGUAAUCAAACCGGCAUCAAUCAAUUACUCAAUUCUAACAGUGCGGGUGCUGCGAUUCAAACUAACACCAAUAAUGUUAUUCCCCAACAGGCCGGCACUACGGUUGUGCUGAACAAUUUGCCUUCGAACAGUAUAGUUAUUCAACCUAACUAUAACACCGUAACUGAUGGAGGUCACAUAGUGAAUCAGGUUGUAAAUCACGAUGGCACUACCACAUCCUAUAUUCAUCAGCAGAACCAGCAGCGGCAUAUUUUGCUGUCUCCAGAUACGAAACGAAAGGCAAAGAAACGGAAAAGUAAUGGUUCAACAAAUGUUCUCAUUACUCCUUCAAAUCUUCCACAGCAGAUGCAAACCCAAUUGACAGCUUCACAACAACAUCAAUCAUCAAUACAGCAGCAAACACUCCAAUCAAUCAACCACCAGGGUACCAUGCUGCAGAUUGCACCCCAGUAUCCCGCGCAAAGUUUUCAGUUAAAUUCUGGAAUAUCCGGUCUGACGAUAGUACCCAACAAAAACUCUCAACAGCCACAACAACAGCAGCAGCAAAUAUUACUGCAGAAUGGACAAAUAAUUACUCAGCCUUAUAACAUUAUUAGCCAACAGGUGCUGCUUCCUGCUGGCUUGGUAAUGACCCCAGACGCUACGUUGGUUCAAAUUCAGAACCUGGCGACACCAUGUGGAAGUAUUUUGACUACGCCCCAAGGCAUGGUGAUACGUGCACAAAGUCCCCAUCAGCAGAAGGGUUUCCUCUCGUCAAACACUGGGCAACAGUUUAUCGUGAAUAACAGUAGCCAGGUCAGCCCCAUGGGAGCCCAAAUCUACGGAGGAUCGGUAAACAUCGUUGUUCCCCAACAGCAGACAGGCGCUACAGCGUCCUUCGUUCAGCAAAACGCAACCAUAGUUCAACAGCAACCACAGCAUAUUCUUCAAUCCCCGAUGCAGGUUACUGCUACUCUCAACACCAGCACCGACAGUUGCAGUACGGCUAGCAGCACAAACGAAAGUCCUUCGCUGCCAACAACUCCGCAGCCUUCGAUACAGCAUAAAUCAUACCUGUCCGGCGCGGCAUCUCCUCCGGAUACGACCACACACAGCCCCAAUAGUCCUGAUUGUGCGUCUAGCGAAAAAAGUGCCGGAAGUGCGGAUAGUAUGAAUAUGGCAAUGGUGCAGUGUGUAUCAAGUUCGGAACCAGACCUUGUGUCGCCAACCAUCACAGAGGAGGGUCAAAUGCCAUCAGAAACUACGGAGUAUUUUGAACAAGGAGGUGUUUCGCCCUAUCAGCGCACUACUUUCACUCCAUCGGAAGCAAAAAUUAAACGCCUACAAGCACCCACUCAUCAACAGACACCGUUCGUACGAAGUGCUGCGGGUGAUAGCAACAGCACAGGCAAUAGUGGCAACAUCAGCAUUAGUUUACCACAAGCUGGGGGUGGUACGCUCCACCAGAAUCAGAUUGCACAUCACCAACAACAGUCUCGAUAUCACCAUCAGAAUCAUGCACCAAUGCUAAGUUCCCCAGCGCACAGCGUGCAACCAGAUUCACGUGACUCCACAACGCAAGUUUGCGCAAACCAAGCCGCAUCAUCGAACCAAAGUGCGCUGGUGUCUCCAAGUGCCACAAAUAGUACUGUGCCAUCCCGGUCGUUCAACGUUGGUGAGUUAGUCUGGGGAGCGGUUCGUGGUUUUCCAGCCUGGCCAGGCAAGGUGAUUGAAUCGCCGCAAGAUGGAAGCAUUACUCCCAUCGAUUGUGUCUGGGUUCGUUGGUUUGGUGGCCGUCCCAACACCGAAAUGGUGGCCGUCAUCGGACUUAAGACCCUCUCAGAGGGUCUCGAAGCUCAUCACCGAGCACAAAAGGAUGCUAGAAAGGGACGAAGACUCAAUUCACAGCUAGAACGUGCCAUCCAGGAGGCUAUGAUGGAACUGGAUCGAGUUUCAGGAACACCUUCGCCGUCGUCUUCGGCAGUAAAUACGACCAACCCUGCUUUGUCUUCUAAAGCCGUUCCAAUUCUUGCGUCGCCCACCAGUAGUACUAAACUUCCUAGCAUUAGCAAUAUUACAGUGUCACCGACCGGAAGGUCUGCCAAGACAGUUAGAGGGCAAAAAUCAAAACUAGUUAGAAUAGCUCCAGCACCGCCAACAUCUUCUGAAUGGCAUACAACGUCAACCAAUAUCAAUAAUUCGAACAAUACAGCCACUAUAGUGAAUCGGAUAAAAAUGAAAUGAGAGGAACAAACGUUGUAUAUCCUCAAGUUUGCGUAAAGAGCGGAUGCUCGAGAUCAUGUGCUGCCACCUAUGCCUCAGUUGACAGAAACACAACUUAUUUAUAGCAAACAGAAGAGCUUUAUUGCGAAUGGUUUUCCAAACAUCUUGUUUUGAGAGUGCUAUAACAUGAUAAACGAAUUCUCAAAUAGUUGGAAUUUUUUCCACCAACCCAAGACAAUAGACAAUAAACCCCUCACAAAAAAGUACACACAGGUCUCAUGAGAGUCUGAGAAACAAUUUUAAUGGCACAACCACUAUCAGUACACAUCAAUUUUCGUACAGUAUAUAGCAUUGAUAUGUAGCAAAUUUAUCCAACAAAACAUAAUAUAAAUGUCUAGGAUAAGAGUGCGUUACAACAACAUAUUCACGAUCAGUGACUUAAAUAUCAUGUUUCACGGUACUUGUCAUGCAAGGAUAUGUUGGACAGGAGAGAACUUAGUUUCUGAAGUAUUUCACAAAUACUAUUUUUGUUAUAUUUUUGAUUAUCCUUUUCUGUUACGACUUUUCCAUGUUAAUCGACACACUAGAACGCUUCCAUUGUGAUUACGAUUAGAUGCAUGUUGGACAACGUUUUUUGAAGGUGGAAACAUAACAUUCGUGAGACUUUUGCGUUUCGAGCGUUCCAAUGCACGAUCAAUGUAUGGCCUAAUGUAUUUCACAAUAAUAUUGCAUCAUUUACAAUUUUCAUGCCGCGUGGGGCGCAUGUGACUCGCUGGUAGUGUAAUAAUGCUUAGUCAAAUAUAAUUUCUGAAAGAAUGAUUUUACUGAUUUGUUGUGCUAUGCAGGAUCAUGAAUAGCCCCUUCUUUGACAAUUGUGUUUUUUACACAACUUGAGGUGCAAACGUUCCACACAGUUUAAACGGAAACUCUUCAAAAGUGGCCUGUGCAGAGAUCGUGUUUAUAUCUGCGAUAAACAAAUUUGCCCUAACUCGUUAGUUCAGCCAUCCGGUCGAAAUAGUAGAUGUCCAGUACCUCGUUCUUGUGCUGUUUUAUCAAACAUUUAAAUGAUUCUUACUUAACCCGUUGUGAGGUUACUGCACACCUUAAUUUGGAUUGAUUUUGAUUCAGAUUCGUGUUCCUUCGAUGUGAAUUCCUGUUCAGCACGUUGAUUGUCGCGUCACCCGUAAUUCGGAAAACAAUUUCAAUACAGCGCUGUUGUAAAUGCUCUGGCCACUUCGGGUGGAAAAUAGUAUGGCAUGUUGAAUGAGCAACAAUUGAAUGUACACGAAAAUAAGUUACACAAUUUGAAAUUUGGCAUCAGUAGUAUCAAUUAUCGAGUAAAUAUUGCGAGCAUCUGACGAAAGCUACUUCAUGUUACCGGAAACAUUCACAGCUAUAGGGAAAUGUUUGGUUUAGUGAAGGAACAGUGGAAAGAGAAAAUUGAACCUCGAUACAGAAUGUUAUUGAAAACUAUAUGUAGAAUUUGGACGCGCGUGGGAGGAUCCUUGCAAGAACAUCACUGGAUUAAUGGGAUGAUUGAUUACAUCAUUAGGUUAAGUGUUGCGUACGUACUGGUUUGAGCUACAUUGAUAUAUCAAGAAUAGAUAUUGAUGAUAUGUUAUCUAAAUUAUUGAUCUAGGUUUUAAUGUAGGCUAAUAAGCAGAAUUUUGUACAUUACUAUAUGUUUUCGCCCAAAUAAUUUUGUUUUCUUUUUUGUUUGUUGAGUAGAUAUUAUAGAUUUGCCGUAGAAGCGGUUACGCAUGGAUGUAUUACGUAUUACUAUUUUGUUUUCAUAAUUUCUAAGCAUCGAGAAUACAAAGUCAAAAUUAUUUAUUGAGUUUGUUUUGGAAACUUGUCCCAGUUAGGUUUAUUAUUAGGUUAUAAAAAAUGUUGAAAUAAAAUCAUGUG